CCUUGGGCAUAUAGUCUGUACACUUCUGCAAAAGAAAUAUGAAUUCCAUAGUUUCCUUGCUCUUAGUUCUUCUUCUUGUUGUUCAAUUAAAUGCUUCUUCAUCUUACCCAGAACACAAUCACGAUCGCCAUGAUGAAGAAACAGAUGAGUCCUGGGAGGGAGCCACAACUCUAACUCUAACACUUCCAACAAUAUCAGACGACUUGCCCUUUGGAGAGUUUCUUUCCAAUUCCUACUAUCACAAGAGUUGUCCAGACCUUGAAGGUAUUAUCAGUAGGAAGGUGAAGCAAUGGCUUAAGGAGGAUUACAGCCUAGCAGCUGCCGUCAUGAGGUUGCACUUCCAUGACUGUGCCAUCAGGGGAUGUGAUGCCUCCAUCUUAUUAAACCAUGAAGGAAGUGAGAGGGAAGGCAAGGCCAGCAAGACACUGAGAGGGUUUGAAGUGAUUGAUGAUAUCAAGGCAGAGGUUGAGAAGAAGUGCCCAAAAAUAGUUUCUUGUGCAGACAUUUUGACUGCGGCUGCAAGAGAUGCUACUGUUCAAGUUGGAGGUCCAUAUUGGGCAGUCCCCUAUGGGAGGAAAGAUGGAAGAGUUUCGAUUGCUAAGGAAACUGAGAUGGUUCCCAUGGGUCACGAAGACAUAACUAGUUUACUUGAGAAUUUUCAAUCACAGGGCUUGAAUGUGGUUGACUUGGUUGUUCUCUCAGGGGCACACACCAUAGGAAGGUCUUCAUGUGAAUCCGUACAACACAGGCUCUUUAACUUCAGUGGAACUGGCAAACCUGAUCCAUCCCUUGAUGCGCAGUACUUGAGCUAUUUGGAAAGAAAAUGUAGAUGGGCAUCAGACUAUGCUGAUCUUGAUGCUGUAACUCCACAUAAAUUUGACACUGCAUACUACAUGAAUCUGCAGAAGAAUAUGGGACUUUUAUCCACAGAUCAAAUGUUGUAUUCUGAUCCAAGGACUAAAUCUCUUGUCAGUGCUUUUGCUUCCCAGCCGUCAGUCUUCCACUACCAGUUUGGAAUAUCCAUGGCCAAACUAGGGAACGUUCAAGUCCUCACGGGUCAAAAUGAAGGCGAAAUUCGAACCAAUUGCAACUUUGUCAACUCUUAUUAAG